UUCCUCCGCCGGGGAGUGGCCGCUCUAGGCAGCGGGGAGGUCGAGGGGUUAAGGGGAUUGAGAAACGAGUGCGGCUUCUCCUCUAUGGUUGAGGGCUGGAGACAUUCUCCUCCGCAGUCUGUCCCAAGUUACUUCCGGAAGUGAGGCCUUUACUUCUUCCUCUGCUUCUACGGGGGUCCGGGUGGGGGGUGCGAUGGCCGGGUUGGCCCCGGGACGAGUGAAAUGAUUAAUGAUGCUGUGCAGCAGUUUUAUAAGUCUGAAAUUUAUAUCUGUGGAUCCCAGAAUUUAAGAGAUGGAGGAGCCUCAGAAAAAUGAUCUGAACGUGAUGGGCCUUGAAAACGAUGACCCUCUGCAAAGCACUGGGCCUCAGAUUUCCGUUAGCGAAUUUUCUUGCCACUGCUGCUACGACAUCCUGGUUAACCCCACCACCUUGAACUGUGGGCACAGCUUCUGCCGGCACUGCCUCGCUUUGUGGUGGGUGUCUUCAAAGAAAACCGAGUGUCCGGAAUGCAGAGAGAAAUGGGAAGGUUUCCCCAAAGUCAACAUUCUCCUCAGGGAUGCCAUUGAAAAGCUAUUUCCUGAUGCCAUUAGAAUGAGAUUUGAAGACAUUCAGCAGAAUAAUGACAUAGUCCAAAGUCUUGCAGCCUUUCAAAAAUAUGGGCAUGAUCAGAUGCCCGUAGCUCCUCACACAGGCCAAGUGAAUCAGCAGAGAGGAGGGGGAUUCUUUUCCGGAGUGCUCACAGCUUUAACUGGUGUGGCAGUGGUCCUGCUUGUGUAUCACUGGAGCAGCAGGGAAUCUGAGCAUGAUCUCCUGGUCCACAAGGCUGUGGCCAAAUGGACAGCGGAAGAAGUUGUCCUCUGGCUGGAGCAGCUGGGUCCUUGGGCCUCUCUCUACAGGGACAGGUUUUUAUCUGAAAGAGUAAAUGGAAGAUUGCUUUUAACCUUGACAGAGGAAGAAUUUUCCAGGGCACCAUAUAUCAUAGAAAACAGCAGCCACAGAAGAGCUAUCCUCAUGGAACUAGAACGUGUCAAAGCACUAGGUGUGAAGCCCCCCCAAAAUCUCUGGGAAUAUAAGGCCGUGAACCCAGGCAGGUCCCUGUUCCUGCUGUAUGCCCUCAAGAGCUCCCCCAGACUUGGUCUGCUGUACCUGUACCUGUUUGACUAUACAGACACCUUCCUGCCCUUCAUCCACACCAUCUGCCCUCUGCAGGAAGACAGCUCUGGGGAGGACAUCAUCACCAAGCUUCUGGAUCUUAGGGAGCCCACGUGGAAGCAGUGGAGAGAAUUCCUUGUCAAAUACUCCUUCCUUCCAUACCAGCUGAUUGCUGAAUUUGCUUGGGACUGGCUGGAGGUCCAUUACUGGACGUCACGGUUUCUCAUCGUCAAUGCCAUGUUACUCUCAGUCCUGGAAUUAUUCUCCUUUUGGAGAAUCUGGUCAAGAAGCGAACUGAAGACUGUGCCUCAGAGGAUGUGGAGCCAUUUCUGGAAAGUAUCAACACAGGGGCUUUUUGUGGCCAUGUUCUGGCCCCUCAUUCCUCAGUUUGUCUGCAACUGUCUGUUUUACUGGGCGCUGUACUUUAACCCAAUUAUUAACAUUGAUCUCGUGGUCAAGGAAGUCCGGCGGCUGGAAACUCAGGUGUUGUGACUGGCACUGCCCAGGCUCUGAGAGGCUCUUCUGGUCUCCCUGACGUCUGAGCUGUGAUGCUUACGAGAGCUGAGGCAGGGAGCGGACUUCCCACUUUCUACCCCUAGCAAAGCAAGGUGCUGUUUUGUGUGUCAGAAGGCUCCAGCCAGGUCCUCCCCACCCUCUGCCUGCGCCACAUGGCAGCAGGGACUGACAGCCCAGUGCGGGGAGGACAGUCUGUUUGGCCGACACAGGAGCAGCCCUUCCACCCGGCCACCUUCCUCACAGGGACUUGGGAGGCUCAGUCCAUGGCAACCGGCAAGACUCCGGGUCCCCAGAGGAUUGUGGUAUGGACGACAUCGGAAGGCGGCCACGUCGGCUGCCCCCUGCCGCAACCUCAGGAACUGACAGAAGCUCCCAGCGCCUAAGACCAGGCUUGCUGCGACCAGGCCUGUCCUAUAAGUCAAGUUUAGGAAAACAAGGAUAAAAUUUUGUCAUAGGCAUAGACAGUUUCACAUAAAAAGUGCAGAGGAAAACCCAGAAGUCAGUGAACAGUUCUGUGUCAUUGAAGAGUUGCUAGGUUUCGGAGUAAAGCCUCUGAAAGGAUUCAGUUUGAGACUGGAAUGAUGGUUAGGCUUGUAGUCUCUGGGGAAUUUUUUCUUUUUUUUGGAAUCAUUGAAAGUCUGGAUGCCUGUCUCUGAGCAUGGAGAUGAGUGGGAUGUGAGGCGUUCGUGGGGGCUAAUUCCCAUCAGCUGCCUCAGUGCUACGUAAAACUUACAUUAGGGUUUUUGUUUUGUUUUGUUUUUAAGAAUUUAAUCUGUAAAAUAAAUUCCAGGAUAGUC